GCCUAUUAUUUUAGCUCAAUAUCCGUAAGCUUACACGUAAAUUUUAGUGGUUUUCCAUAGCGUCGCGCCCUGUGACGGACAAAGCCCUGUGAGUCACCAAACAAAAAGAAUUCUUGAUUAACAACGAUCCAUUUUGUUCCAAAAAUAAUAGUAAUAAUAAUAAUGGCCUUCAAAAGUCCAAACCCAUCCUCAAAAUCUAUAGUUACAUUAAUCCCCUGGGAUCCUGCCUCUGCGGAGCAUGUCCAGCGAUUAGUACUCCAGCGCAUUGCAUGUGGAUGGAAUUAUGAAGGGGUCGAAGGCUGGAGAACAAUCCAGGAAACCGGAGAAUUCAAUUUACAAUGGGUUGUUCUGGAUGAUUCCGAUCCGGACAGAGACACCAAGGUUCUCAAGCAUACUCAGGCGUUCCCUGAAGAAGAAGAACCGCUGAUAGACUCAGCGGUUUCUUUUGGCGGCAAAUCGCGAAGUAUUUCUUCGCCAAAGAGGAGUUUUACUCCUGUUGGGCAUAUCUGCUUAGGUCGUGUACCGGUCGAGUAUGAGGCGGCAGGGUAUGCGAAGAACGAAAAUGGGGUUUAUUGGAUAUCGAACUUUUAUAUUUCAAAGGCACUUCAAAGAAGCGGGUUGGGAAAGGCGGCGAUGGACUCAAUCGAGAAAUUUGCGGUGUCAGAACCGCUGUAUGCAAAGACUUUGGCAUUGAACACAGUGGACGACAGAGGGGAUCCGGAGCGGGAGGAGAAAUAUAAGGCUCACGGCAUGGAAAUUCCUCCAGUUUCAAAUCAAGAGUGGUAUGAAAGGAGGAACUAUCAAGUUUAUACCCACGCAGAAAAGUUGUUCUCGACAGUUGAUCUGACAGGGAAAACAUGCCAUUGGAAUGCUGUGUUUCUGAGAAAAAAUAUUUGACACAGAAUAUCAACAUCGAAUAUCUAGAAAGAAAUUCCUUCCUCGCUUGAUGCGUUAGUUACACGUACUUACCUCUAGCAUCGCCCAGCAAAUGUUACAAAACAUCGAAAGAUAGAAACAGAAAUAUAAAUUUCUUCAUUGAUUUAUUUAAGAAAAUGGCAUCUAACUAAG